UGAAGUUUUCCAGCAGAACGGACCAAAACAAUCUACAGGGAAGGUUCUAGCCAAAGUCACACAUACAAACACACAAACGACCAACAAAAGGAUUACAAAAUGCGCACAAAACUGCUCUCAUUCUUGCUGGUGGGCUUAGUGGUCUUGUCUUCGGCACGUCCAGGUUAUCUGCAUGGCCAUCAUCAUCAUUUGGAUUAUCCUUACUAUGGCCAUCAUGAGCCAUUACAUGUGGCCAAAUAUGUGCAUGUUCCUGCAGCCAUAUCGCAUCAAAGUUCCACGGUUAUACACAGUGCCCCCAUUAUUAAGCCCGUGGUAGUGCCAAUUGUUAAACAUGUCUUGCCCGUGGUUAAGGCCUAUCACCCGGCUCCAAUUAUCAAGACCAUACAUCCAUUGCCCUUGCACUAUGAUCCCUUCCAUGCGCAUCACUAUGAUCAUCAUGACUUCCAUCAUUUCCAUUGAGAACCUGAUUCACCAUGGAUAUCUAUCGUACACGACUGCUAUAAAAAUGUUGGCUAUCUCUAUCACCACCAAGUUCUAUUGUCACGCAUUGUGGACAAAGGAUUUUUUGGAAAAAACGAAUCUUCAAACUUUUCUUCUACUCUUUGAUUUUUAUUUUCUUCGUUAAUGUCGCUUAG